AUGUGCCUUUUAUGCAACAAAGUUUUGGGCAAUGACGCUAUGAAACCAUCUAAACUGCAAGAUCAUCUGAGAAGAUGUCACCCUGAUAAAACAGAGAAAGAUUUGAAAUACUUUCAAACACUCAAAGAUAAAUUUCAGAAGAGACCUACACCGGACAGAAUGCUCGCUUCGACGUCACAAAGAAAUGAUGAUGGUUUGCGGUCGUCUUACAAUAUCUCGUUACUUAUAGCAAAAUCUGGAAAACCGCAUACUAUCGGAGAGAAGUUCAUUUUGCCAGCCGUUGAAGAGGUUUUAAAAACUGUUUUACACAAACCUGCAUCUGAUAUCAUUAAAAGAAUUCCCUUAAGCAACAAUACUGUUGAAAGACGUAUUGAUGAAAUGAGUUCUGAUAUUGAAAGCUUCUUAUGUAAUUAUUUGCAAACGACCCAUUUCUCUAUACAACUGGACGAGUCAACUUUACCUGAUAAUGCAGCGUUAUUAUUGGCAUAUGUUCGUUUUAUUAUGAAUCAAGAAAUCUACGAAGAGCUGCUCUUCACAAGAACUUUGAUAACCGACACUAAAGGUGAAUCAAUAUUUUAUGUUUUGAAGGAUUACUUCAUUGAAAAAGCAAUUCCUUUAUCAAAUAUAAUAUCAGUAGCUACAGAUGGAGCACCUGCCAUGGUUGGACGUAAUCGUGGAUUUAUAAGCUAUUUAAAACAAAAUGUGUCAGGGGUGUUAGCAAUACAUUGCGUCAUCCAUCGACAACAUUUAGUGUUAGAUGUUGAGUGUUAG